AUGAUUGACCCCGAUCAGACAGAGGAGCUGGUGGUUUUUCGAGAUCGAUGGUUGAGAGGAAAAGAUCAUAUAUUGAUCAUUCCACGACAUCACAUAGUAUCGACGGUUGAAGAGUUGAGACCACACCAUCUCCCAUUGCGCCAGUCGUCCAUCUUGCGACUCAAACUCGUGCUGAUGGACACAGGUGUCAAGAUGGGUUAUCACAUUCCACCUUUUUCUUCCGUCCACCAUCUCCACCUGCACGUGAUCACACCUCCGUUCACACUCAUGGGACGUAUGCAAUACCCAAUCAGACGAGGAGUAGACGGCGGAAAAGGUUGGACCUGGUUUGUGUCUUCCGAUCAAGUCGAGACGAUUCUGCAACGAGAAGGAAGUAUACGACUGGCAGCCAGUUGA